ACUUCGGCGUACAACUUGAUCGCUUUACUUGGAUUUUGGAUCCUUCUCGUCAAUUGGCAACGAUUUAAGGAAGACAUGGCAAACGUUCUUUUCUUAAAUUUUAAUAAAUGUCUGGAAAUAUUACUCAAAGAUAUUAAAUAAACCCAAACUAAAGAAAUGACAGCAAAAGUACGAAUUAAUCGCGGAUAGUGUAAAUGAUCAAUCUACGUCUGGUCAAUCUAACGUGAAUCCGAAUAAUCAGCGAGAUUCAACACAUGCGGAAUUAAAAGGCACUAGAGAUCCAACAUUAUGCUCCGCUGCAUGAAAACAUACUCAUGGCGAUUAAAUUGGCAACGCUCCUUCGAAAUCUUCGGUUCUUCUCUCGUACCCCCGUAAGCAUAACCAUAGCCGAAGGCCCAGUGGCCGGUCACGCCUUUUCUCAUCCCGGGAAUACAUGGCCCUGACCACCAAUCGUAUUUCUUUGAGCGAGGUUGAAUCGUGACCCAUUCAUAAUUAAACGAUUAUCCAACCGACGCGAGGCCAUCGCCGCAACUAUCCUGAGCUAUCGACACUGAUCGAUGUUCGUUUUCUUGCGAUCAACUAUCAGACGCGAUCGUGAAAGCUCACCCAAAGCGUGUUCUGACGGCGGCUGGUCGGGUAUCUUGGUGACGACCUUGCAAAAGUAUCAGAUCUCAUCUCGGGAUGAUCUACUUAAGAAACAAAGUACUCUUCUCGAUUGUAUCGCGUGCAAAUUAAUGGAGUAAUCGUUCGAACAAUCGCCCCGAAAAGUCGUUGUGCCUGAAAAAGGAAGAAAAAGAUGUUAUCCGAUAUGGCAACACUUCGAACACUGUCCAUCGAAAGUCUUCCGAUCUGCUUUUGCGUAUCUUAAAAGGGACUCGAAGAGAUCAACAUGGAUGAUAACAAAUUGCAAGUAGACGAUGACAGCCAGCACAGCCGAAGGCCCAGUAGCUGGGGCGCCUUUCUUCAUCCAGAUGAUAAUAGCCCAGUCGAGCAUCAGUUCAACGACGAAAAAUCAAGCGGUUCGGGAAACACCACCUCUCGUGCGUCUUCAGCAAAGUCGACAUCGACGAAGAACGGGUCAAAAUCGCCGGAAUAUAACUGCUCCCUCUAUUCGAAUAGGGAGAUCGUUUAUGAGCUCGACAAAAACGGAGGAACGCCAGCAAGUGUCAAGAGGAAAUUGUCGAGAGCCAGCGUGAUCCAUCCAUCCGGAACGACUCUGAUCGCGCAGGAUGCCUUCGGUCCUAAACUCACGGCACCCGCUACCCCGGAAGUCAACCCCUCGUUACCGGAUACGCCAGUAUCGCUGGAUUUUGCCGAGACCAUCGGGAAUUCAUUGCCGGCGAAGGAAACGGAAACAGGAAUCGAUUCCGAGACACUUUAUUUUCGCGACGGUCAUCGAAGAAUCGAUAUGGUAUUGGUCUACCAGGAAGAAAACGAAGGAGUCAUGACCGAAAUAGAAGCUCGUCGGAGAGAACAGAGGCGGGUCUUUCAACAGAAUCUUUUAAAAGAGGGUCUGCAACUGGAGCUGGAGCCGAAGGAGAAUUCAUUUGAUGGAAAAACAUAUUUCCUAAAAUUACAUAUACCUUGGAAAAUAAAGGUGCAAUACGCGGAAGUAAUGGGUCUGAAACUACCCACAAAAAGAUUCAAGACCAUCCCUAUGAAGACUUGGGGUACAGGUGCCAAAGAAACAUCAAAGUUCUUGGAGAGAUGGAGACUAUGGGUCCAAUGGAUACGUACAAUACAUACUUGGGACACGACAAAGUAUCCUGAGGAACCGUACUUUUACGACUAUAUCGAUUCCGGCGAUCUCGAAGAGAAGUUUAUCGUAAAGGAGAGAGAUAAUGCUUAUACGCCUGCUCAAAGAUCAUUAAUAGUGAUGCAAAUAUUGUUGCGAACAAGAUAUGACGAGAACCACGAGAAAUCUGGUAUUCGCAGACUUCUAGCAGAUGGAACGUAUCUCGAUUGCUUUUCAUUGCAUGAGGGUCCGUACAAUAAAUCUAUGGGCAAUGGAGAAAUUCUCGAUAGAUAUCUGUUAUAUUUGAUAUGGGCAAGACCCUCGCAAUGGUACAAGAAACAACCGUUAUGGUUAAUAAGACGAUAUUUUGGCGAGAAAGUUGCUCUUUACUUCGCGUGGCUAGGAUUUUAUACGAAAUGCUUAUAUGCGCCGGCAGUGGUGGGACUUUUGUGCUUCUUUUAUGGUCUUGGGAGCAUGGAGGGCAAGGACAACGUACCCAGCAAGGAGAUUUGCGACUUUAAUAUAGCUGGAAAUAUCACUCUAUGUCCUCUUUGUGAUAAAGUGUGUACCUAUCAGAAACUCGGCGAUUCCUGUAUAUUUUCGAAAUUGACUUAUCUAUUCGAUAAUCCCGCGACUGUCUUCUUCGCCAUUUUUAUGUCUUUCUGGGCUACUACGUUUCUCGAGCUUUGGAAACGACGACAAGCCGUGAUUGUUUGGGAGUGGGAUCUCCAAAAUGCCGAUUACGACGAAGAGCCCAGGCCCGAAUUCGAGGCGUCCGUUAAAACGUUCCGUAUAAAUCCCGUAACAAAGGAGAGGGAACCAUAUUUACCCGCUUGGUCUAAAGCCAUACGAUGUUUGGCCACAGGCUCGAUGGUAUUUUUCAUGAUAUGCGUGGUCCUCGGGGCGGUCUUGGGGACAAUCGUGUAUCGCAUCUCGCUGGUCGCCGUCUUUUACGGCGGCGGUGGUUCUUUCUUAAAAAGACACGCAAAGAUAUUCACCUCCAUGACCGCCGCCCUCAUUAAUCUGGUGAUAAUAAUGAUACUUACACGGAUAUAUCAUCGAUUGGCAGGAUGGAUGGUCAAUCUGGAGAAUCCAAGAACGCAAACGGAAUACGAAGCCAGCUAUACGUUCAAAAUUUUUCUAUUCGAAUUCGUCAAUUUCUAUUCCUCCUUGAUUUACAUCGCUUUUUUCAAAGGAAGAUUUUUCGUCCAUCCUGGCGACGCGGACGCAAGAUCCUCGGAAUUUUAUCGCAUCAAGACAGAUGUAUGCGAUCCCGCUGGUUGCCUCUCAGAGGUCUGUAUUCAACUUGCGAUUAUAAUGGUCGGUAAGCAAUGCUUUAAUAAUUUUGUCGAGAUUCUAUCGCCGAAAUUGUGGAACUGGUGGCGCAAGAGAACACAAGUGGCGGCGACAAAGAAUCACGAUAGAAGAUAUACAUGUUGGGAGAAAGAUUAUCAGCUUCAAGAUCCGGGAAGACUAGCUUUGUUCGAUGAAUAUUUAGAAAUGAUUUUGCAGUACGGAUUUGUAACGUUGUUCGUAGCGGCAUUUCCGUUGGCACCGCUAUUCGCUUUAUUAAAUAAUAUCGCCGAGAUAAGACUGGAUGCGUAUAAAAUGGUGAAGGAGGCCCGACGACCGUUGGCUGAGCGAGUAGAGGAUAUCGGCGCCUGGUUCGGCAUUCUCAGGGGUGUUACUUAUGUAGCAGUCGUAUCAAAUGCUUUUGUUAUCGCGUAUACCUCCGAUUUCAUUCCACGAAGUGUGUACGCAUUUGUUUACUCUCCCACUGAAGAUCUAAUGGGUUAUAUCGAUAGCUCUCUAUCAGAAUUCAAAACUUCCCAUUAUCGCGAGGAUAUGAAAAGCGACGUAGAAGACGAACAUCCGGAGACAUGUCAAUACAGAGGCUACAGAAAUGGUCCGGAUGAUCCCGAAGAACCGUACGGUCUUAGUCCGCAAUAUUGGCACGUCUUCGCCGCACGUUUGGCCUUCGUCGUUGUUUUUGAGCAUGUUGUUUUCGCACUUACCGGUAUUAUGAGCUAUGUUAUACCGGCCGUACCGCAUUCUCUGGCGACUCAACUACAACGCGAACGAUUGAUCGCACAAGAGGAAAAGUACGAAAAAGAGAUAAAGGGAAAGGAAGACGAAGAUGAUUUGAUUUCGGUUUUGAGAGAAGCUGGUAGCAUUGGUAGAGGAAGCUGGGCUAGACGAUUUAGCAAACUGAGCGACGUUCUAGAUGUUCACGGUGACGUUAAGCACAGUAGGCGCAGCGAUAGCUCCACAGUAUGGGAAGUCCCAAAGUGAUAAUCGGGAAGAGGAGAGGAGCAUUAACUCUAUCACAUACAUUCCAUUCAUAAUACUUGAUUAUAUGUAAAAAUAAUAAGGAAAAAAUGAAGCCAAAUAUGCUAUAUUCUCUUUAUUCCCAGAUAGUUUAUAACUCAAGUUCCAUAUAAUAAAUUGACAUGUUUUCAAUUCUCAUCUCUAGUUAUUACGAUGCGCAUUUUUUAAUACGUAAGAAUAAGGUAAAAGUUACCAUGAAAUGUUUCAAUAUAUUUUUUUUAUUUUAUAUAAUACCAUAUUUUUUUCUAAAAAUGGUAAAACUCCCGUUUAGGGGAGGCACCUCCAAUGAUCUUAUCCUUGACAUAUGUUGUCAAGGUCAUGAUCCUGAAUAAUAUCCAAGAAGUUUUAGUUGUCGCUUGUUGUUUAUUAAAAUUUAUUAACAAUUAAAUUGUAUGAUAAGAACAAAUAUUAAAUGCGAUAAUCUAAACUUCUCCGAGAUUUGAAGAACCAUUAAUUUUAUAGUAAUUGUAUAUUUAAGUAUUUAAGUAAAUGCGUAGGCGAGGAAGAGGGGCUUCGCGCCUCUACCCCUCUAAAAACUAACCAAACCCAAAUCUAAUUUUCAUUCAAGAAAUAAAAAUAUAUCACAGAUGUCUAUACUAAACUAGAUUGCUAACUGGGUCUUCGGACUUGUGUCGCAUGAGGUUUCCGGUUGUAUGAGAGAAAAUGGCAGCAGUCCUGUGUGUGUGAAGCGUGUCAUUUGUGUGAGUCGUACUUACAGCGUCGGUGUGUGUCGGUCAAUUAAUCAAAAUAGUUAAAUGCAGUGCUUGUAUGGAUAAUAUUAUUCAGAAAGUUUCUGAUAAAAAAAUUAAUUAGCAGCAUAUACAAUACUAAUCAAUUUAAAAAAUAAUAGAGGAUUAGUAUAUACGUCACAUGAUGUUCAUAACAAGAAAAUCGAGCGGCGGCGACCAUUUUUUCUCAUACACCGGAAAUCUUAUCGGACACAAGCCGUCCUAUUCCAAUGGUGACACAUUAGCAAUCUAGUUUAAUAUACAUAUCUCUGUCAUAUAUACAGAGUGAGUCUUUUUAAUCUUAACAGGCAAAUAUCUUAAAACCUGUAAAUUUUAGAAGGAAACUUUUAUUUAUUUUAAUUUUAUUUUAUUUUAAACUAACUAAUAUUCCUAUCUCUUUUCCCUCUCAGAACCAAACAACUUUUGUCUAAAAAGUUUCCUUCUACAACUUACAGGUUUUGAGAUAUUUGCCUAUUAAUAUUAAAAAGACUCACCCUGUAUAUAUACAGGCUGUAAAUGAAUACCUGUUACAAACUUGUAGGGUAUGUAGAGGGUUCAAAGUAGAUCGACUUUUAAUAAGGAACUCAUGUCCGGAAACGCACCGUUUGCGAACUGCAGACUGGAACUGUUGGUAUGUUCAGU